ACGUAAUGUAGAGUCCAAGGUCAAACUUAGAUCAGCCAUGGAAUUUGCAUCCUGCAUCCCUUUGCUUCUUCUCCGUCCCACAUGUGCUCUCUGUCUCCCAGAAUUUCUCUGUCCACUUUCCACUAAAAAAAAUGGAGAUCUCUGUUUUGGUCUGAAAUUUCAUCAAUCUGCCUCUGAGAAUGGGGAUCAGAUUCAUAAUGAUGGUGAACAAGCAGGGACAGACCCGUCUGGCCCAGUACUACGAUCACUACCUUAGCCUCGAAGAAAGGCGCGUCCUUGAGAGCGAAAUCGUCCGAAAAUGUCUCGCCCGCACCGAGCAGCAGUGUUCAUUCGUCGAGCAUCGGAACUACAAGAUCGUGUACCGGCGGUAUGCCUCUUUGUUUUUCUUGGUCGGGGUCGAUACUGAUGAGAACGAGCUCGCAAUCUUGGAAUUCAUACAUCUGCUGGUUGAAACCAUGGACCGGUAUUUCGACAACGUGUGUGAGCUGGAUAUAAUGUUCCACUUGGAGAAGGCAAACUUCAUCAUUGAUGAGAUGGUCAUGAAUGGUUGCAUUGUUGAGACCAACAAGUCCGUUAUUCUGUCCCCACUUCAUCUCCUCGACAGUACAACCUGAAAGACACAACACUUAUAUUUCCCUUUCGACAACACUCGAUUUGAAUAUUCUCAAGAUCUUCCUUGGCCAUUUUCUUAUUUUCUUUCCCCAUAUUACUCUAUUUUCUUAUGUUAUUUUUUUAAAAAAAUUUUAUAUGUUAUUCUUUUAAAGUUCAGAAACAUUACAUUAGCACUAGAAUGGCAUAUUAUGGAAGAUAUACUCCACUGUAAUUUCCAUCUUCAUAUUCAAAAAUUACGACGACACACUUCAUGCAUUGCGUCAAGUGUAUAUUACACAACAUUAUGCGAAUGACAACUUGGUUAAGUUGCCUAGACAUCUUAGGUUCGAGCGUCUCCCCCAAGCCUCCACAGU